AUGGUGUUCGUGUCAGCACUAAAGGGAGUUGUGCUGCUCCAGAUCUCUCAGGGGGAACAGACUCACACUGAUCUACCAAACCAGUGUGAGUUAUAUGUUGAGGAUGACCCCCCACAGUUAGUGGCUAUUGGCCGAGUAUUUGAGGGUGGCUCAACCAUCCAUGGUGUCCCUCUACAGCCAGACUGGACACGGGUUGUGGUUGACCAAGUUCAAGAUGUUGCUGCUCCAGUGCCUUUGCCCAAUACAGAGGUUCAACUAGUGGGGCAGGCAACCGGCACAUUCUUAGCUUGGCCAAAACGUUUGGUCAUGCCACUUUCAGCACGGGCAAAGGAUUUUAUCAAUCGUGGUAAGGAGGUCAUGAGAGAACCUCAUGUUGAUCAUGCUAAUAUCGCAGAAGUUGAGGAUGAUCCCAUAUCUACGCUUCUAUCCAUAUUACCACGAUUAAGGAAGAGACCAAUUCAAUUGUAG